AUGCUUCGCCGCCCGCCCACCGUGCUGACCCUCACCUCCGAGGACGUCAAGGCCUACGAGGACCACCGCGAGGCCGAGGCCUUCCAACAUGCCACCGCUGCGGCCCAGCUCAGGAGGCAGCAGCAGCUGGCCCGCAACAUGAGCGGCAUGGACAUCACGGGGAUCACAACCUCGAGCGACGAGGAAGACUACUCUGAGCAAGAGGCCUCCUACUACCCCAACCGAACAUACAGCCACAACGCAAGGAUAUCGCGCGAGGAGAACAUCGGGGGCCCGCCUGACGAGGGCAUCUACCGUAACGAGGGAGACUCCGAUGACUACGACGACGCGGCCGAGGGCGGCCAGGCAGGGGAGGACGCCUUCAUCGAGGACGAUGACAUGGCGGAGGCGGAGCAGAUGGACCUCGACGCCGACCAGAAUGACAACUUCGACGAUGACCACCACGAAAUCUCCGGCGGUGUCGUCCCGAAUCUGCACCACGCCCGGCGGCAACAGCAACAAGAACCGAUAUUCCCCUCGCCGCCGCCAGCGCCGUCCCGGAUGACGAGGUCCACGAGAUCGGCCAGCACAGAGCCGUCCUCAUCACAGGCCGGGCAGCAACACCAGCAGCACCAGCAGCAGCCGGCCCCCGCGGGCAGGUUCGCCCGCGGGGCCGGCGCGGCAUCCCAGACGCACCGCCGGGCGCCUUCCGGCAGAGCGGCAGCAGCGGUAUCCGCCGAGGCGACCACGCCCACGCCCGUCGCGCAGGCCCAGCGGGACGCGGCGGACAGGGUGCGCGCGAGGGCCACGAGGAGCCGCGACGAGAGGAUCGGGGUCUCCAGGGGUGGCAGGCGCUGA